AAGAUCGUUGGUAACUCGAGAAUUACAGAUCUCUAAUCAAUAAGAAAAAAAACCGAUUUAUUUUGAAUGUACACUUAAACAUUCACAAUUAGGUUGCCAAAAAGAAAGUUGGUGUCCCGAUUAAGCAGUUACAUCUACAAGAUAUUACAAAUAACGGAUGGCUUUGUCAGUGGCAUAAGGAGGAUAAAGGAUGCUGGCUAGACUUGUUUGCGCAAUCGAUGUUCUUAUUUCACAUGAACGUCUCAUUAGGCAAAAAAUACGCAACAUCCGUAUCACGCUGGUUUCCUCAUAACCAGUUUAGACCUGAGGCAAUGCACGAGGGAACACAGAAUAAGAAGAAGUGCGAUUAUCACAGUCCGCAAAAAUAGAAACAAUUUAUAUCAAACUAUGACGUUAUUACGGUCACGGUUGUCAGUGAUAUCAUUGAUCUUGUUUCUUCUAACUAAUCCUCCUUCGUACAGAGCACAGAAAGAAGAUCUCCAAUGGAAUUGAAGCAAGAAAUAACAGUGAAUCUCAAAUCUGGGUUCCUUGAAGAAAAGCGAUACAUGUGUCACAGAUGGUGUUCCAGGUGUUUGCACGUUUUUUCCGCAAUGCCCUCGGAUGUAUCAAAAUGCAUUGAUCGGGCAAUUUCCACGUCAAGUAUGUGGUUUCUCAAAGCUGACACCAAUCGUCUGUUGUCCUCAAACAAUGACUACCACAAUGACUCGGGGUGCCAGAGCGGCAAUAGGAGUAACGCAAAUUGGGUACGAUUAGGCGAUUCAAACAUCGAGAAAAUGGACGAUGAUACUGGUGCAAUUAAUGUACGUGUAAUCGAGCGAAUGAGACAUCCUUUAUAUAAACUACCAUCGCGAUAUCACGAUAUCGCGCGUCUUAAUGGCGAGGCUAUUGCAAUGGGAUGGGGGACUGUCGAAUGGGGUGGAAACAGUUCAAGUGAUUUAUUAAAAGUCACGCUCAACUUGAUACCUCAUUCAGAAUGUAACAGAAUAUUUACUAAUGGUGAAAACGAUAGUACACUCCAUAGAAAAUUGACAAAUUUAUGCCAGUGGACUUGGAAAAGACACUUGUCAGGGUGGCGACCAGUGGUGGACCAUUAGUUAUUCGUAACGAUAUGAGUUUCAUGUUCAGUCUAGUCGGAGUGACAAGUUUCGGGAAGCUAUGCGGUAGUGUCAGUCCCGGUAUAUACACUCGCAUUUACAAUUAUAUAUCAUGGAUAGAAGAUAUAGCGUAGCCAGAUCCUUAA